AGCCGUUUGAUGCUCGGUUUGGGCUGGGGGCGGGCCGAUACGCGGCCGCGCGGUGCGCGUGGCGAUGUCCACGCUGCUGCAGCGGCUGCCUAACUUGUGUCGGGCGGAGGCUCUUCCCGGCAAGGUGGCAGAUGCGCGCCUGAAGCGCGCCCUUGAGGAGAUCGAGGUCUGCGAGCCAAAGCUGGAUGACUCUGAGGCCCGGCUGGCGGAGAUGUUGCACAGUGGCGUGCACAAGGUGCGUUUCGCGCUGCCCCGCCUCGACGCAGAAGCCUUCCGAGAGGUGUUGGCGUCGGUGGGCCAUUUGAAGGAGGACGUGUACCUGCAACUCCGGCAGGCACGGACUUCCAGCAUUGUGUCGCUGGAGGAGGGCAACGACGCCUUCCGCCAUGUAGAGCUGGACCCGCAGGAGGACAUUUGGAGCAUUUGCCUGUCAUUGCGCCUUAUCGGCCUGGCGGCAUUGGUUUCUUUGCUGGUGGUUCUUUUGCUGUCCAUCAGCCCUGUCCAGCUGGAGGUUGCCAGUCUGAUUGGCGGUAUCUUCGGCUUGCUGCUGCAGUUCGUGGCCUUCGCCCAGAGUUGGUCCCACCAGGUCUCCUGGAUGUUUGGAGCCUUCAACGGCGCCGCGAGCCGCAUCAUCAGCACGUUGGACGAGCCCAUGUCAUGCUACGGUGAGCGGUUGGCAAAGCCCUUGGAGACGCUGGAGGCAGAGGUGGACGUCUUGGAGCAAGAGCAGGCCAUAGUGAUCAAGCGCAUGCAGGAGUUGGAGAGUGCGGUGAAGGAGGCCAUCCCCGAUUUCGAGGCGCCCUCCGCAGAGGUCCUGCGGGAGCCGAUCGCCAUGUGCCAGACGAGGAUUAGCGGCUUCGUGGAAGAGAGCAAGGCGGUGCUCCCGGAGCAGCUCGAGGAACAGCUCCGCAGGCAUCCGACGGGACGUUUGGUGGUUCAACGUUCCAGCUUCGACUGGUGGCUGGUUCACUUGCCGCUGCUGUUCGUCCUUUUGAUGAACCUGGGGCUGCUAGCUAUGUCCCAGGCGUUGGUGCACUCUUCGCUGCAACAACGGGAGAUGGACGAUGUGGAUUGGCGCAACGAGGACGACCUGGUGAAGGACUUCAAGGCGCGCUUUCCAACCAUGAGCUUCUCCAUUUCAGAUGAGGCUCAGGCCCCGGCACCACCGCAGGAGCCCUGGCUCCCGCGGGCGGCGCUGAUGUGGAUGCCGGCCCUGGCGCAGGCCAUGGCCACGGCGCUGCAGCUCAUGGCAGGCCUCUACCUCUCCCGUGCCUCGCGUUUGCUGGCAGCCGUUAGCGGCGUCACCGCAGACCUGGACAAGACCUGCAACCUCUGGCUGGAGAAACAGAGCCGCGGGAUGGCUGCGGAGGUCUUCUCCACCUUUGGCCAGGUCCAGAAGAAUGCGGAGCGCUUCUUUCCGACCUUCCGGCUGCGACUGGGUCAGCUUAGAUCCUAUUUGCUGGCCGGGGCAAAGGCAGGUGCCGACUGCUUGACCGACGAUGUGGCCUGCAUGACCAAGUGCAUCCACGAGAGGCAGAGAAGGCGACCGGCGUCUUUGGCCGCGCUGGCUCCAUUUUCCCCGCUGAAGCGUGACGCGACGGUACGAAAGUGGGGGGGUCUGACGGGCAGAGGCUGGCAAGAUGCGUCAGAGGUGCUUUCCCUUCCAAGGUGCCAUCUCACCCUGAAGCCAACAGGGCAGGCACAAGCCUGACAGGACAAAUUGGUCAGGGAGUCGUUUUCAAUGAGCAAGUGGGACUGGCAAAGUCCAGGAUCCCGCAACCUGCACGUGGUUGCAGGCUGAUUAGGACUAGGUAUUCACUCAUGCACCUGGUGGACACUCCA